GUGUGGUUUGUGGCAGAGACGAGAGCAGGUUGUCUCCAGAUCAUCAGUUUUACAAGAAUUCAUCACGGGGAACAUGGAGUUGGACGUUACAACAUCCGGUAUGGAAUUUCUGAUAAACGACAGUGAUUUAUCUGAUCCGCUUCCUGACUAUCUCACAUCCACUGGAUCCUCCCCCGUGUACUCCGACCUUUCUCUCUCCCCAACGGAACACUUGAGGGCAUCACCAGACUACAUCUCAGAAAUCACAUCUACAAACCUUGAUGACGUAUUCGAAUCGCAACCUUUCAAACUUCACGAGCCUCCGCGAAGUAAACUAAGACGACACCAGACGAAGCAGAAUGAUGAUGGAAAGAUUAAGCAGCAGUAUACACAAGAAUUGGACGUGUUCUGUCGUAUAUGCGGAGAUAAAGCGUCAGGGUUUCAUUACGGAGUACACUCAUGCGAAGGAUGCAAGGUUUUUUUUCGACGAACAUUGAAGAAAAAACUACAUUAUCGACCAUGUUCUGAACAGAGCAGAUGCAAAAUCAACACAGCAUCCAGAAACAAAUGCCAGUAUUGUCGGUACCAGCGGUGUCUGAAUGCGGGAAUGUCCAAAAAUUCUGUGCGCUUUGGACGCAUGCCUAAAACGGAGAGAGAAAAGUUAAUAGCAGACAAAGAGGAAAUGACCACCAACAAAAGUGAUUACGUCAUAGAGCUACGAACGUUGUCAGACGUCAUUAAAACAGCCUUUCAAAGAAACCUUUCUCCAAUACUUGAAAAUUACAGAACACAACAGGAAAACCUGCAACCUUCGUCAACCAUUGAUAAACUCGUCACCGGGGACGCCGUCUACAUCUUUCGACUUUUCCAGUCUAUAUUUCUGCCGUGUUGCGACGCUGUUAUUCGAUUUGCCAAGUGUAUACCAAACUUCAACGAUAUUGAAAUGCAGGACAAGGUCCUUCUGAUGAAACAGGGCACGAUUACCGUUUCUACCCUCAUGUUGCAGUCGCUAAUUAAUGGAAAAUAUGUUAACUUUAUCGACCAAUGUGACUUUAUUCGUGUGACGAGGAGUGCGAUCUGUGAGAACAGAAUCACCAGUAUCCUCAUGAGCGGUGUUCUACGGGUAGUGGACAAGUUGGCGUCUUUGGAACUGACUGAAAUGGACUUGGCCUUGUUCUGCAGUCUUUUGAUCAUGUCUGACACAAUUGGGCUGAAUGAUGACGAACUGAUAAAGACCAUCCAGAAUGACGUGUUGGAGGCUUUGAGAAUUUCGAUGAAAAGAAACCAUUCCAAAAAGCCCGUCUCCCUCCCUAAACUGCUACUGCUUGUCACAGACUUACGUCAAUUAGUGGAUGAUUUUUCCAGAAAUAUGCAACUUCAUCAGUUUGACGAUACUUUAGAUUUCUCCAACACCGACCCUUUGCUGCGGGAACUCUUUGAUUUGUAACCAUACACACGCUGGGAGGAUUUCAUGCUUUUGAUGUGGCAUGAUACCCAAUGAAUUUGACGAGUAUUUUCAACAACAGUAGACACUUUUAUGGUAUAAUUUGUUGUAGCUACUAAUACCAUCGUUAUGUAUUUUGCUAUUUCUGAACAUUCUAAUGAGAUUUUCCCAGGAAAUGUAAUACGUUUAAGCAAGAGAGAAUGUAAACACAUUUUUCUGACUGAUUUUGAAUAAUGCUACUCCGUUGAAUGAUAACAUCUGUUUUCCCCCUAGUUAUAUAAAACUAACAGGUUGUGACGUGUCUCAAUUAGAGCUAUAAAAACCCGGUGAUGUCUGGAUACAGCAAUGAGUUAACAUGUAUUACUAACAUUGGAUUGCAAUAAUGACCUAUGAUAUAGGUUUUUAUUACUAACAUUGGAUUGUAAUAAUGACCUAUGAUAUAGUUUUUGAGUUGUGAUUUUGAUUAGUAGAUUGAUUCGGUGAUUGUAACAAUGGCAUGUUUUAUAAUUUUUCAUUUGUAUCCCGAUUAGUAAUGGUGGAUUCGGUAACUGGAGAUUGUUGUAUUGCUGAAUUGUUUUAAUAGUACUACAUUAACAUGUUGUUAUAAUAUUUGAUAUAUUAAUUUACAUACUGACCGGUGAAAUACGUUAUUAUAAUAUUCGAUGUAUCAUUUUACAUAUUGACCGCUGAAAUGUGCUGAAUUAUUCUGUAUAUCAAUUUACAUAUUGACCGGUGAAAUAUGUUCCUACAUUAUUGUUAUGUGUUAUUAUCCAUCAUUGUACAAGCAUUCCAUGGAUUACCUGAUUGACUGGCAUAAUAUAUUCUUACACGUGUAUAUUGUAGGAGGUGCUGUAAAUCAAUUGUUGUCAUGUGCCAGGGAUCUUUAAAAUGUUUCAUAGUUUUGUACUUGUUGAGUUGCAUUGUAUAAGAGAUUACAACAGACGAAAUAGUUCUCAUAUCUGCGCCUCCGUUUGUUACACUUUCUUUAUUUUGAUACGUUGAUUCAAGUUGACAUUGAGUUGAUUAUUUUUAUGCUUUUGUUAUUUGAUGCUAAAACGAGGACCAUGAAAUGUUUAUUGAUUUUUGGUUUAAAAACAAUCUUUUUUUUUUUUUUUUUAUCUUGACUGGUUUUUUUUUGUGUGUGCUCAAAAUCAGCUGUUGUUUCAUUCUUUGAUUGUUGGAUCUAUUUCGUUUUUUAAUUUUAUUUCAGUAUGACAUUUGCUCAAAGAUUUAGUCAUGUCCCAUGAGUUUUCCUAUCUGCUUUUGUUCCUAUUAGAAAGAUUGACUAAGCAUACCAAAAAAAAUAUGAAUUUAUGUUCAUAGUUUUGAAGUUUAUUUUUAUGAGAGGAAAAUAAAUAUACAUGUAUACAUUUUGAAUUUAAAAAAAAAAUCUGUCAGUCUAUGCAGAUUGACGAAUUUAAGCAAGAAACAAGAAUUGUAAAUCCAAGUUUCUAUUUAAACUUGUAUUAUAUUUGUUAGAAGUUUUAAAUGGUCAAUACAAUAUAUUACAUGCAAAUGACGUUAUCUAUACACGUGUUAGCUUGUUAUGAUUAUGGAAAGAAGUAUAUAGUGAUGAAUGUUUACCCUGUGAAUAUGAAAUUACAUCAUAUACAAUGUCAUUUUUCUUGACUUCCUUAAAUAAAAAUUUAGAAAUAAAAA